UUCAUUCUACAUAUAGUGAUAAUGACUGUAUAAUGUCAUGUUGGGGCGAACAGGGUAGCAGUGGCAUAGGUAUUUGGCGAGUUCUGCACACCACGACAGUACAACUUGAAAGUUACAUCAUGACUCUCUUUCUGUCACCGUGUAAUGUCGUUCAAAGCAACAUUGUGGUUAAUCUUCAAAUUGAUGAGAACGAAUUUACAUUUCGCGACGGGUGGAUCCUCGGUAACGUUUACGGUGAUGGCGUCGGAGGGGAUGGACAUGCGUCAUGCGCUAUCGAAGGCGGAGAGGACUGCGGUGGCAGCGACCGUGAGCGCCGUCCUCUUCCGGUGCCAGUUGGAGAGGGGCGAGGGGAGGAUGAGAGCGGCCAUUCGCGCGUGGCGGAAACGGACGCUGCAGUCGCCGUCUGUGGGGGGCGACGACAGCGUUGCCAUUUGCGACGCCGUGCUGCAGGUGUGCUACGCCAUGUGGUGUGGAGCGUUCCCCAAAGCGACGCCCGGAUGGUGGAUGAAGCGACGUACAGGCGGCACGUGGGAGGAUCUCCGGCUAUGCGACGACGCGAUGCGCAUUACUUCAGGGAGAAGCUACGAAUGUCGCCACGUGUAUUCCGAGAGAUAACGGAAGCUCUGUCUCCCUUCCUUGAGCGACGUAUCACUUGCUACAGGGAGCCCCUCCAGCCAGACCAGAUUGUCGCCUACGCUUUGUACAGGUGGGCGUCGGGGGAGACAUACGAGAGCGGGACAUGCAACUUUGGCAUUGGCAGAUCUUCCGGGUUGGUGGCGGUGCGAGAUGUGACUGCGGCAUUGCUCAGUGCGUUCCUUGACAAGAUCUCGUGGCCGACGGGUCUGCAGAAGGCGGUUGUCUUGCGCGCUUUCGCUGACAAGGGUUUCCCCAACUGCCAUGGGUGCAGCGACUGCACCCAUAUCUUCAUCGACAAGCCUGCGAAUUGCCCCGGGGAGGACUACUACGAUAGGAAACGACGUUUCUCCGUGCAGGCACAAGUCAUCGUGGAUUUGAACUUGCGCUUGCUGGAUGUGUUCAUCAGUUACCCGGGAAGUUGCCAUGACGUCAGGAUCGUCCAUCUGUUCAGUUUAUGGGCAUGCGCGGAGGCGGAAGAGCUUUUCACCGGCCCACCUGUCAUGCUGCCUUUCGGUGUGCGGACGGACGGAUAUCUGCUGGGGGACAACGGGUACCCGCCCUCCGAAUGGGUUGUCGUCCCUUACGGCGGUGUAUCCCAAAACCCUGUGGAGAUGCACUUCGAUAACAAGCAGAAGACGGCAAGGGGCGCAGUGGAGAGGGUUUUUGGCAGACUGAAGGGGAUGUGGAUGUUGUUCUUCGAUCCCACAAGACAAACAUGGAGACGUUGCCGCAGCAGUUCGUCGCCGUCUGCAUUCUCCACAACAUACUCAUCGACGCGGGCAUCUCGUUCGACGACAAUCUGCUCUGGGAGGUCGGGCCGGAUGGUGUUCGUCGCAGGGUGGAUCUUGGGAUGGAUCGUCCCGUGAGGCAGAUGUGCAUGGAGUCC